AUGGGCUCGGAGAAGCCAAACUUUCUGUCCCAGCCCGUGGUGAAGAACAUUUUCAUGUACCGAAACGGCGACCCUUACUACGACGCUCGCCGGAUAGUGAUAAACCAAAAGAGGGUGUCCAGCUUUGACACUUUGCUGAGAGAGGUGACCGGCGGGAUACAAGCCCCGUUUGGAGCUGUGAGAAACAUCUAUACACCGAGAGGAGGGCACAAGGUGGACAGCUUGGAGAGCCUGCAGAGCGGGGAGCAGUACGUCGCUGCUGGGAGGGAGAGAUUCCGAAGACUUGAUUACCUACAGAUUGGCUCAAGAAGGAAGAGGAUGAUGCAGACUCUUCCACUACAAGCCAAACCACUUCCACCGAAUCGAAUCGUUGUGUCAGCUCGAUUCCUGAAACCCAUCAAGGAGCCAUGUACAAUAUUUGUAGUAGCAAAUGGCGAUGUCUUGAACCCCGCCAUGAGGCUGUUGAUCCACCAGAGGAUACUCGGCCAGUUUGACAGAGUACUCGAGGUGAUCACAGAGAAGAUGGGCAUGAGAGUCAUGGGGGGUGUCCGAAGUCUCUUCACUUAUGAAGGCCAGCAGGUGACUGAUGGAAAUCAGCUGGAGUGUGGUCAGCUGUAUGUGGCUGUGGGAAGAGAAAAAUUUAAGAAGCUGCCUUACAGUGAUCUUCUUUUGACCAAAUCCAGGGGGACAAGGAGGGUCAAUGGAACAAAAGCUUACUCUCUACCACCUAUCUACAGGUGCUCCAAGCAAAAUGGAAAUAGUAAGUCUGUGGUGCGAUGCAGUAAUAGUGGAGGUGAAGUAUCCAAGGCUUCUCCUCCAGGCCUCAACGGCAGCAGCAAGGAUCAACUGUCCUCCAUCGUAAGAGAGAUUUCCCAGGCCAGACUCAUGUCCCUCAGGAAGAAGAGGAGUGGACAAAGCAUGACCCCCGGCAUCGCUGACAAUGAUGACCCUGAAUCAAAGGAUGAUGAUGUGCACGCUGAGGACAAAACCUCCCAAGACCAGCCAGCUGUUGAGAAAACUGCAAACAAUGAUGAUGAUGAUGCAAAGGCCACAGAGAAGAAUGGUGAAAAGGAAGAACAGAAAGAGAAGGAGGAGGAGGAGGAGGAGGAGGAGGAAGAGGAGGAAGAGGAGGAGGAGGUGGAGGAGGUGGAGGAAGGUGAAAACACCACAGAAGAAAACACUUCUCCUAUCAAAGAGGAAAUGAAGGAAAACCAGGAGACAAGUGGCCAUAAAGAUGGAGGGGAAGAGAUUGAGAAAGAUGAUACAAAAGAGAGAGAAGCAACAGCGGGAUCUAAGGAGAAGGAGGAGGAGGUUAAAGAAGAAGAAGAAGAAGAAGAAGAAGAAGAAGUGAAGGAAGAGGUCACUGAUGAGAGUAAGGAGGAGGUUAACAGUGAGAAGCAGGGGCCCAGCAUUACCAGCAAUGAUAAGACAUGGGACAGCAAAGAGAAAGAAGAUGGAAGCCAUACAUCUUCUGAGGGUGAAAGGGAAGCCAAAAAUGUAGAAGAACAGAAGAGAGAUACAGACAGUGGGAAGGGUAAAAAAAGCAGCGAGGAGCGAGUUAAUGGUGUAGACAUGGGGGAGGAACAGAAAGCGACAGAAAACAGCAGUGACCCGGGGAAGACUCGGUCAGGUAAAGAGACAAAAGAGAGCGAAAACGGGAGAAGUAGCAGAAGCAGCGGUAAGCAGGGAGAGGAAGAGAGCAAAAAAAAAGAGGGAGCUACCAAAGAUUCAGGGGGAGUGGGGGGAAAGGUGAAUGAAGAGGUCAGCGGAGAGGAUGAGGAGGUGGAGAGUGGAGCAGAACUGGACAUGGAGGAGAAAUCUGCCAAAGAUGCCGAAGAAAAUGGAGAGAAAGAGGCAGCAAGUGAUAAUGAAGACAAUCAAGAUAAAACAAGGAAAGAUAAAUAAAGAAAAUGAAUGUUCAUAAUAUAAAGCAAUACUUUUCAAAUCCAAUAUAUAAAUAAUGAAAUGGCAGAACAAAUUCACAGAUUCAAUGGCCAUGUAAAGUAUGCAUUUAAAUAAAAACAAUUCCCCAAAUGUCGAGAAGAAGGUUUGAAUGGCUGCUUAAUGAUCUAAAUUUCAGGUAUGUAUUUAAAAACUAUUUAUGAAACAGAUUAAAAAAGAGCUUUAGUUAUAUAUUCUUAUUUUUCAUUAAGAAAAACUCUUGGGCUGCUUGUUUCAGUGUACUCUGGGUGAUGCUGGGGAACUUAAAUAUAUAUGUGCAUUCUUUAUGACCGUUUCUUUAAAAAAAAACGUAUUUCUAUCAGGUGAUGCUUUCUUGUUUUUAAACAUGAUUUUCUAUGGUAUGCAAGGGAUAAAAGUGAACUUUUUAAAAGUAUGUUUAAUAAGCUAUGGGUAAUAUUUUUGACAUACUGUGAUUUUUUUUUUCAAAAUAUAAAUUCCUCAUUACAUAGUCAU